UGUCUCUCUCUCUUCGCGCAGCUCCCGAGGAGGAAGGAGGAACUGCCCGAGUCGCGUGUGACACUUCGAGAAUGCUGCAGACCUGCGCGGCUAUGUGACUUCUCGGGAUUAUUUUAGCUGCUUUUGCGUUUGGUGGGAAGUAAGACUCUAAAGUUUGCGGUUACAGCCGGCCGUUUCGGGGCCUGGGGGCGAGGGGGGGGGACGGGUGACGGGGGCUAGAAGGGAAGGUGGUGCAAGUCGUUUCGGAGGAGGAGCGUGGCAGCGAGAAAGGGAAAAAAAAGGUUGGAGACGGGACUGACGUAUAACAUGGCGGAGCAUCACCCGGCCUCGGACAACAAACACAAAUCGGCGCUGACCUCCGGAGCGUCGUACUCGGGGAACGGACGCAGCAGCGCGGCGGUGGCGGACCCAGGCAGCGACGCCGGGCCGGCCGGAGGGGGAGGUCUGUCCGGCGGCCUGUCGCAGCCGGCCGGGUGGCAGUCCCUGCUGUCCUUCACCAUCCUGUUCCUGGCCUGGCUGGCCGGCUUCAGCGCCCGGCUCUUCGCUGUCAUUCGCUUCGAGAGCAUCAUUCACGAGUUUGACCCCUGGUUCAACUACAGGGCGACUCACCACCUCACCACCAAUGGCUUCUACGAGUUCCUCAACUGGUUUGACGAAAGAGCCUGGUACCCCCUGGGGAGGAUAGUAGGGGGCACGGUGUACCCGGGCCUGAUGGUCACGGCGGGCCUCAUCCACUACGUUCUCAACCUGCUGCACGUCACUGUGCACAUCCGCGACGUGUGCGUGUUCCUGGCGCCGGUGUUUAGCGGCCUGACCUCCAUCUCCACCUUCCUGCUCACCAAGGAGCUGUGGAACCAGGGGGCGGGGCUAAUGGCCGCUUGCUUCAUCGCCAUCGUCCCCGGCUACAUCUCCCGCUCCGUGGCCGGCUCCUUCGACAACGAGGGCAUCGCCAUCUUCGCCCUGCAGUUCACCUACUACCUCUGGGUGAAGUCUGUGAAGACGGGAUCUGUGUUCUGGUCCAUCGGAUGCUGCCUCUCCUAUUUCUACAUGGUGUCAGCUUGGGGCGGUUACGUGUUCAUCAUCAACCUUAUUCCCCUUCAUGUAUUUGUCCUACUCCUCAUGCAGCGCUUUAGUAAAAGGGUCUACAUAGCCUACAGCACCUUCUACAUCAUCGGCCUCGUCUUGUCCAUGCAGAUCCCCUUUGUGGGCUUCCAGCCAAUCAGGACCAGCGAGCACAUGGCUGCUGCAGGCGUGUUUGUGCUGCUUCAGGUCUACGCCUUCCUGCAGUACCUGAAGGACAGACUGACCAAGCAGGAGUUCCAGACUCUGUUCUUCCUGGGAGUCUCCCUGGCUGCCGGAGCGGUGUUCCUCUCCGUCAUCUACCUGACGUACACCGGCUACAUCGCUCCGUGGAGUGGGCGCUUCUACUCCCUCUGGGAUACUGGCUAUGCAAAGAUCCACAUACCCAUCAUAGCGUCGGUCUCUGAGCACCAGCCCACCACCUGGGUGUCCUUCUUCUUCGACCUGCACAUCCUCGUCUGCACCUUCCCAGCGGGCCUCUGGUUCUGCAUUAAGAACAUCAACGAUGAACGCGUCUUUGUGGCCCUGUACGCCAUCAGCGCGGUUUACUUUGCGGGUGUGAUGGUGCGCCUCAUGCUGACUCUGACUCCGGUGGUGUGCAUGCUGUCGGCGGUGGCCUUCUCCAGCGUCUUUGAGCACUACCUCGGGGACGACAUGAAGAGGCAGAGCCCGCCCCUCGAGGACAGCAGCGACGAGGACGACAGGAAGAACGCCGGCAACCUUUACGAUAAGGCCGGUAAGGUGCGCAAGCACGUGUCUGAGCAGGAGAAGGCCGAGGAGGGCUUGGGCCCAAACAUCAAGUCCAUAGUCACCAUGCUGAUGCUGAUGCUGCUCAUGAUGUUUGCCGUCCACUGCACCUGGGUCACCAGCAACGCCUACUCCAGCCCCAGCGUGGUGCUGGCCUCAUACAACAACGACGGCUCCCGUAACAUCCUGGAUGACUUCAGGGAGGCGUACUACUGGCUGAGGCAGAACACGGACGAGCAUGCCCGAGUGAUGUCCUGGUGGGACUACGGCUACCAGAUAGCGGGAAUGGCAAACAGAACCACGCUGGUGGACAAUAACACGUGGAACAACAGUCACAUAGCGCUGGUGGGGAAAGCCAUGUCCUCCAACGAGACCGCAGCCUAUGACAUCAUGAGGUCGCUGGACGUCGACUACGUCCUGAUCAUCUUCGGCGGGGUGAUCGGCUACUCGGGCGAUGACAUCAACAAGUUCCUCUGGAUGGUGCGCAUUGCAGAGGGGGAGCAUCCCAGGGACAUCAGGGAGAGUGACUACUUCACACCACAGGGAGAGUUCAGAGUGGACAAAGCUGGUUCCCCGACUCUACUCAACUGCCUCAUGUACAAAAUGUCCUACUACCGCUUUGGAGAAAUGCAGCUGGACUUCCGGACUCCGCCGGGCUUCGACCGGACGCGCAACGCCGAGAUCGGCAACAAGGACAUCAAGCUGAAGCACCUGGAGGAAGCCUUCACUUCGGAGCACUGGCUGGUCAGGAUCUACAAGGUGAAGAAGCCGGAGAACCGAGACCGCGUGGAGCACAAGCUGAGGGGCGCCGACACCACCAAGCAGAAGUACACGUCCAAAAAGACCUCCAAGAGGAAGCGGGGCUACAUCAAGAACAAGCUGCCGUUCAGGAAGGGCAAGAAAACAACCAAGAAGUCUUUAUAGAGAGCCCGCCUCCCACUGAGGGGCACACACUGUGGGCGGGAGAGGAGGAAAAAAAUCAGAAAACGCACCAAAAAAACAACAACAAACAAAAAAAGCAGUAACGGCAGAUCCACCAAUCGAGAUGAACGAGGAGCACCAGGCUUUCUGUGGAUGCCCCCCACCCUCCUCAACCUGGAGGUCCAGGCUGGCAAUGUUAUCACCGCCUCAGAGAAUGUGUCCAACCCCCAGCUGACCUUUGACCUGAUAAGUCAAGGUGAGACAUUUGCUAGUCCCAGAUCCACCUCACGCUGGGUUUUAAACCCCUGAGGAACUGUGACCUUUUGACCCGCUUUUGUUUUUGUACUUGAAUGUGCUCAAAGACGAAGAGGACGGAGGUGUCUUCCACGCGGGAGCUCCGCCCUGGAUUGCCCUCUGACCUCCAUGCGGCCCGACCAGCGCUGAAACCCAAACAGUGACUUUCGGCGUGGAGUGGGAUGGAGUUUAUUGGACUCAUAGAAAUCGGUUUCCCCACGUGUUCUUUUCUUUAACCUCUUCCUUAUUACCAGGAGCAUGCUUGUACACGUAUGUGCCCACAAGGAGAAGCUGUCACUCUUCAUUCAACUUUACUUUGCUGCGCUGAAGGGAGACAUCGUUUUAGAUCAAGACUGCACACAAUACUUAAAAGGACACUCGGUACUGUAAAACAGGCAAACAGACUCUGUACGGCUGAAACAGUGUAAUAACAUCGUAACUGAUGGAAAGACUCAAGUUGUGCCAAAACCAGAUUAACCCAUGUUAUUCACAUCCGUAUCAUUAUUAGCACUUUGACCCACUUUAACAUAUCUUUGUCAAAGAUGCUCUAGGGAAGCCGUGUCGUCACACAGUGCAGCACACGCGUGUGUUUCUGAGCUUCAGGCAGAGGAACGCAUGAGGGUGCACGCUAGUCACAUGACCGGGGAUAAUCAACGCUCGAUCUGAUGUCUAGCGAUGAUUUGGAGACUGUUUAAAAAUACUCCAGUGCAUCUUUCUAAUUGGCUCUUUUUUAUCUUCAGUUUUGACGUGGAAUGUUGUCAUGUCUCUUACAACAUGAGUGAUGUUAUUUUGUUCCCCUCUGUGAAACAAACGCAUAAUCUUCUAAAUCCUUUUUAUUCUCGUUUCUUGAAGCCAUCCCAAGAAACAGCUUUGAUUCUGUGUUAAGGUUUUGUCAUUAAAAAGGAUAGUAUGGCGUUGGCCUUAAAUGAAAGGGUGAAUUCCAGAGUGUAUUUGGAUGGAGGCUGCGGCGUCGUAUCAGGAACAUGUUUCUGUCUGGUUGUUGAUUUUCUAAGUCGAGGUUUCUUCCAUCAAUUGUAAUGAUCUGGAUGCAGGUGUGAGAAUGAAAUAUGCCUUUUUUGAUUAAAGAGGUUGAAAUAA